AUGUCUCGAAAUAGCAGUGACAGAGCAGACGGCAGUGCACUGCAAAGCCCCAUCGCCUGCGAGUCUUGUCGACAGAGAAAACGAAGGUGCGACAGAAAGCUGCCGUUCUGUCUCCAAUGCAGCCACGAGCCGGCGAGGUGUCAGUAUCCCGAGCAGAGCAAAAGAGGCAUCCCCAACGGAUACCUCAACAGGUUGGAGACCCGGCUCGCCGAGACCGAAGCCGCCCUCUUCAGAGCGCUAUCGGGUGCUCUGGACGGCGGCCCCGCGUUCCUGGACUCGGCAUCGUCGCCUGCGCUCCUCCCACAGGCAGCGUGGACUCCGCGGCAGAACAAGGUCGACCGGGUCAAGGAGUGGGAUAGCCUGCCGCUGCAGACGCCCGACGACAUCCAGGCCUGGUUCCGCUCCAAGGCGACGGAGCACAACGACGCGGCCAUCGACCUGCCCGCCGCCAGCCCCCAGUCGUUGAUCUCGUCCGUGUCGGACCCCAUGUUCGCCCCGCCGCCUCCGCUACGAGACCCCGGCUCAUCGGUGCCGGAUCACCAGUCCAUCUCGGACUCCGUCAUCGAGCCCCAGCUUCGAUCGGUGACGCCAGUCAUCACGACCCCGGUGGGAAGAAGCCCGGCGGACGCAGUCAGCAAGGCCAAGGAGUUGUCCAAGUCGCAGCAGAACCUCUAUUUCUAG